AGGAUGCCAUAAAAGUUCUUGAAAUUGUGAGUCGAAUACGAUUAGUUUUGUAUCUUAAAGAAUUUUCUGAUUGCCAGACCUUGACAUCGCUGGAGAGAAAAUGGCCAACCUCUCUUCCUUCUGAUAUAGUGGACACGCGAUUGCGAGAUAUAUCAUGGGCUUCCGAGCUUAUAAGAUGGGUGAUCAUUCAAUGGCAGGAUGGCACUUUUCUAAAAGAAAUGAAGGCGCAAUGGAUCAAAACACAGUUAGCAUCUCGACUCCUCGUGCCACUGAGACCGGUAAAACCGGGCGAAAUUGAAUCAAAUGCAGAAAAAAUAGUUUCUAACUAUAAUAAAGCAUUGAUAUUAUCAAAAAUAAAGGCAAAAACUCGUGUAGAUGGACUUGAUGAUGAUGAAGAAUUUGAGAAUGUUUGGGUUAAACUGAAAGGUGGCUUCGGUAAUUAUCAUAAAGCUGAAAACCAAAACAAUCGUGAGGAUUUAGACGUAUUGCUUAAGGGAUUCUCAAUAAUGUCCGCAAUGCAAGCACUUACAUUGCCAGAAGAUGCAAAGAAGAACAUUGGCAAUUCCUAA